AUGAAGUUGAUGGUAUCAACGUCAGUUAGAGACCUCAAAUCAAAAGGCAUUUUGUGUAAGCCAAGUAGCCUACACACUCUCACAGGAAUCAAAUUCAAAUCUUACAACUUGUUUGCGCAGCUCGAGCUUCCACCUUUACGUAUCGACACCAUCUACAUGGUAAAGUAUGCAAACAUGAUAGCUUAUGAGAUGAGCAUUGACAAGUCGGCAAGGACAAUUGCCUAUCAGAUAACAAAUUACGUCAACUUUAUGAAAUCACUCGUAAUAAGCGCUGAGGAGGUCAAAGAAUUACGCGAGCAAGGAAUACUCUUCAAUGGUUUAGGAACAGAUAAGGAAGUCGUCAAAGUGUUGCAAGAGAUUCCCGCUGGUCCUUUAGUAUCCUAUGGUAGCUUUUUGCAUGUCAAACGGGAAAUGCAACAACAUACUAGCAGCAAAAAAAGAAUAUUUUUGGCAGAGUUGUUUUGGACUCAUUUUAGUAGUCCAUGGUCAUUUAUGACUUUGCUUGUAGCAAUUUUCGUGCUUUUGUUCAACAAAUAUGGUGAUCAAUAA